AAGGGAGGGGUAUGUGGAGUGGAGUGGAGCUAGAGUCGCCCGGCUUGGCGGUCCUUGGCUGGCUGAGUGAGUAGUGCGCAAGGCAGUAGUAUCUGGUGUGUCGCGUUGUGAGGGUUACUGUCGCUCUCUCGUGGACUCAGUGAAUGGCCGCCUCACUCUCGCGACAAGUGCCGUGGGGACAUGUGCUGAGCCUCUGAGUCGUGAUCAGCGGUACUGACGGGAUCUAUCUAGUCUCCUCCUUAGUCAUACGGUUACGGACGAGAAAGAAGGCAGGAGGAUGCGCGCCAGCAUGUCUGCCGCCACCUCUGACCAGCCUGAUGUGACCGCCACACUGGGCAAAGUGAAACGGGCGCCCUCCUCCGCCAGCAGCACCAGCAGCUGCACCAACAAUAACAACAACAAUAAUGAUGGCGGCAAGGGGAAGAACCAACAUGGGCAUCAUACAGCAACAGCAGCAGCAGCGAAGCGGCGGCGGUGGUGCUGCGGCCGUUAUCAUCUGAACAGCGUGUGGUCCAUCUGGUACUGCCUGGUGACACUCGGCUUCCUCGCCUACCUUGUGCUGGGCGGCGUGAAGAGGUUCUUGGCAUACGCCGCCCUCCCUUGGCCGAAAGACGAGCAGCCCUACGUGGAGCUGAACGCCUACGUGGGCCUAGUGGGCGCCUCCGUGGUGGUGGCGCCUUUCUUCCUCCUCACCUCGUUCCUCAAGGUUGGGAAUCUGGCUAACGAUGGCUUCAAGCUCGGCGCCUCCCUCACCAUCUGUAGCAAAGACCCGCCCCCGGUGCCCGUCCACGCCCCAGGCCUCGUCAGGAACCUGUGGCUGCACGGAGUCCCCACCGCGCCCUUCCUGCACCUCGUGGCCGCCUUCUGCCUCCUGCUGCCCCGAACGCUAAUGCAGGCCACCCUUAUCUCCUCCGGCUUCCUUCCGAGGGAUGAGAUUUGGAAGACCGAUCUGGACUUCCUGGUGCCGCACAACGACAGGUUGAUGGUGCAAAACGUCCUGAACACCACUUCUCCAAUCAGCGAGGAAGUUCUGCCUCUCCCUGCUGCCCUGCGUUUCCCGGAGGCCGCCAAGGACCACACCACGUACCCUCCUCGCCCUCAGAGAACGCAGACCAAUAGCAAACACAAGCAAAACUCUGGGAAAAGUUCCUAUGUCAUGACGGAGAGCAAAGCCUCACCCGGCACAAACAAGUGGGAAGCGUCCAUGGACUCGGCGGGGAAAGGCGUGCGUGGAUCUAAAGAGGGCGGCACAUGGGCGGCUGACACCACGCCCUUGCACGCCCACCUUCCUGAAGUAGGCGACUGGAGCCCACUGUCCCCUGAGUUACUGAACUACACCAUCGCCCUUCUGGUGUUUGCUAUCAGGUAUCCAUCUGUCUUCUGGCACACCAACAAGGCUUUCGGGUUGCUGUUCUCCCUACAAUUGAUAAUAAAUGGCAUCCACACCAUCCUUAUCAUCACAGCCUUCACUAUCCUUUACAAGCUUCACGUGUGCGGCAACGGCCAAGAGCUCAGGGGCGGCGAAAGUUUCCUUCUCAAUCUACCAGCGACCGUAGGCUUGCUACUAGCGGCAGUGAUGCUGGUGACCGUUUCCUCCUCGGCUCUCUAUCUCUACGGCUAUCAGAAGUUCACGCAAUUCGUGGCACGCAGCAGGCAGCGCUACCAUAUUACGUUUGAGCAGGAGCCAGGGUUAGUGAGCAGCUUCCUACCUCCAUGUGUUGCACUGGUGGUCUUGGUCGGACUGGGCUUGACGCACGGGCCGCUGCUUUGGGACCUGUCGCUGGUAUAUCGCGGCUCCCUGGACGCUGUGGUGUUGGCAGCGGUGAUUGGCACCAUUGUCCAUCUGUUCCUCUGGGUAGUGCUGUGGCUCAUCCUCACUGUCAAGUCCAAGUGGAUUUUCAAGCUGCGGGUGACGGUGGCUCGGGCCUGUGUGUCCUCGGCACGCUCCAUCAAACUCGUCAAUGAUGUGGAGCUUGUAAACUCUGAGGGCCCAAGAGGAGGGCAAGCUGCUGCUCCCCUACUUGUAGUAGGGGCAGGCAAGGCCUAUGCCAUCACAGAUGCUGCCCCAAAGAAGACUAUCAUGGGUGUGGUACAGAAGACCCACCAGGAGAAACGGGCCAGAGGACAGGAGGAGGAGAUCUACUGGCUGCGACCAAGCAAGCCAACACACAGUCAUCCCAAGCCCAUGUCACCCCGCACCAAGGUCACAUUUGAUGAACGCAACCUUCUCACCUCCCCUAAAAAAGGACGUGGCAGAAGUGGGGAGCGGCCCCAGGAGGCCACCUAUCGCCGGGUGACCACUCUCUCAGACUCAGAGGACGAGGCUGGUGACUACGCCCUGCUACAAGAGACAGUGACAAGCCAUGGUGGGGCUGCUGCACGUGCUCCACAAGAUCCAAGAUAUGUGGACCGUCAGCAGAUCCUGGCAUAUCGGCGGGCAAUGGAAGAGCGACUGGCAAACACUGGAUCUCCUGCUGCUGUGCCAGACUAUGAGGAUGCU